GGCGGGCGGCGGCGCUCCCGGAGGUAGCGCGGACGUCGCGUGCGUCCGGGCGGUGCGUCGGGCUGCAGGAGAAGAUGGCGGUCUCCACAGGCGUUAAAGUUCCUCGUAAUUUUCGCUUGUUGGAAGAACUUGAAGAAGGACAAAAAGGAGUAGGCGAUGGUACGGUUAGCUGGGGCCUGGAAGAUGAUGAAGAUAUGACACUUACAAGGUGGACAGGCAUGAUUAUUGGGCCACCAAGGACAAAUUAUGAAAACAGAAUAUAUAGCCUGAAAGUAGAAUGUGGACCUAAAUACCCAGAAGCACCUCCGUCAGUUAGAUUUGUAACCAAAAUUAAUAUGAAUGGAGUAAAUAAUUCCAGUGGAAUGGUGGAUGCACGGAGCAUACCAGUGUUAGCAAAAUGGCAAAACUCAUACAGCAUUAAAGUUGUACUUCAAGAGCUAAGACGUCUAAUGAUGUCCAAAGAAAAUAUGAAGCUUCCACAGCCACCAGAAGGACAAACAUACAACAAUUAAUUUUAGUGGAUUUAAAACUUGUCUUAAAUCAACAACCUUCUAUUCAUGUUAAUGUCUUGAUUAAAUAUCACAAUGCAAAAUACCCACACAUUAAGUAAGAUAAUUCCAGCUGGUAAACAUGACCUGGACAUCUGUAAGAGUAUAUUUAAUAUAUGUACACCCAUUAUGUUUUCAGGUAACAGGAGGAAAAUUCAGCACAGUUUUUUUUCUUGUUAAGGCACCGUCAUUUAAGCAUGAACCUGGAGUACUCAGAGUGGAACUCAGGUUUCCAGGUGGAAGAACAGCGAGAAGUGUCAGAUGGCUGUGCAAGCAGAUGUGUUUCUGAAGAGAAAGCCCAAGAAGGAAAACCCAGAAUGGCGUGCUCUCGCUUAGUGAAAGAGCUUCCGUUGAAAUGGUCUAAAGUGGCAGGUACAAUGAAUAUUGUCACAAAACGUGUUCAUUUUCGAAGCGGUAUAGGUGCUGACUACUAGUAGUAUCAAAAAUACGUUCAGGAUUGUUUUGAUACCUGUAUUUAUAAUAAAAUUGUUGUGGGGAGGUGGACGGAUUUCCGUUACAAGCUGUUCCUGGGUGUUCCAUGUACCAGACGCGGUGAAGAGUUGUUUACAGUCUUUGUUGGACAAACCAUGCAUUUACAUUUAAAUGAAAUCAACAAAAAGGAAAUAGAUAUAUGGAUAUGUGAUUUUGAGAUUAACGUUAGUCUUAAAUUGUAAAUAAAAUGUGGAAUGUGUCCUCAGAAA